GGGAAGAGGAGCAGGGACAAGCUUUUUAAAGCAAUGUUGCGCGAAACGAUGUGCGAGGCUACGUCAGAAAGAGCAUCACUGUUACCCGCUGUCGCCAUAUUUGUGUUUGGAGAAGCUUGGCGUGCCGGGAUCAGAGAACGCUGAAUUUCAUUAUAUCUGAAGAACUCAACUGAAUUCCAUCUUGCAUCCCUUUAUCCUAGGGCAAAUACAACGAUGGGUGUUACUGUCGAGACAAUCACCCCAGGAGAUGGCUCUUCAUUCCCAAGAAAGGGGCAAACAGUUGUCGUUCACUACACAGGUACCCUUCAGAAUGGGAAGAAGUUUGAUUCAUCCAGAGAUCGUGGACGUCCAUUCAAGUUCUCCUUAGGGAAGGGAGAAGUCAUCAGAGGCUGGGAUGAAGGAGUUGCUCAAAUGACUGUCGGUCAAAGGGCCAAGUUGACAUGUUCUCCAGAUUAUGCCUAUGGAGAGCAAGGUCAUCCAGGUGUCAUCCCACCAAAUGCCACCUUGAUAUUUGAUGUUGAGCUCCUGAAACUUGAGUGAGCUUGCUUUUACUGGAUCUGGAGUAUUUCCAUCUGUGUGAUGUCCUCUUUCAUAAAAUGUGUGUGAAAGGGAUCUUUCAGUUAAACCUUUUUGGCACUCCUUCCAUAUCUCUUCUUCCUGAGGAAUUCACAUUUCCGUGAAAUGAUUUCUCUGUCUGUAUCACCUUUUACUGUCAAAUUUUAUCCAUGUUCUUACUUUCAUGUCAUGUUGAUGGAAUGAAGUUAUAAUGCUUGAGUCGC